UUAAGUGAGUGUGUACAUUGACCCACAAUAAAUUUGUUUUGCCACCGUGAAAUAAGUCGCCGCGGGUACGAUAAGCUUGCCAAUGAAGGUCAGAAAUGUCAGUCUACGGCAAAACACACUAUAAUAUAACGGUAGUGUGUACGGUAAAUAAAAAAAAAUAUAGCAGUUACAACUGAUGUGAGUAAUAAGUUAUAUUAAAUAUGGAGAGAAUACUGCGUGGCAUUAUGAGAUAUCGCGUUCUGGACCGCGCAAGCAUGGUGAAACAGUUCGAGCAAGUCAAAGACAACCCAACGCCAAAAGCAGUCUUCUACACGUGUAUGGAUAGCAGAAUGAUUCCAACUAGGUUUACUGAAACAAGUGUCGGCGAUAUGUUUGUUGUGAGAAAUGCUGGAAACGUAAUUCCUCACUCCGAGUAUUUUGUUGACGAAAUGACAAGUUGUGAACCGGCAGCGUUAGAACUUGGGUGCAUUAUAAAUGAUAUUCGGCAUAUUAUAGUAUGUGGGCACAGUGACUGUAAGGCUAUGAACUUAUUAUAUAAAUUGAAAAGCAAAGAGGAAUCCGACGUGGAACAAAGACGAAUAUCUCCACUGAAAUCGUGGCUGUGCACACACGGGAACUCCAGUCUAAAAAAAUUCCUUGAAAUGCGCGGUGAUUUCUCUAAGCCUAUGGUGUUUACAGCAGAAACACCACAAAGAAAGUUUGUCGCGUAUAUAGAUCCAGAAAAUAAAUUUUGUAUAGAAGACAAACUUUCUCAGGUCAAUACGCUCCAGCAGUUACAAAAUGUAGCGUCAUAUGGUAUGCUAAAAAAACGACUAGAGAAACAUGAUCUGCACAUCCAUGCGUUGUGGUUUGAUAUCUAUACCGGUGACAUUUAUUACUUCAGUAGAAGAGCGAAACAGUUUCUUAUAAUCGACGAAUCAACCUAUGAAGUUAUUCUAUCUGAAGUCCGAAGAUUUUAUUCAUAGUGACUAUGUAAUAAUAUAAGAAUUGGAUUUUAAAAUGGAUAUAAUAGAGAAUGAAAUUGCGUUCUAGCCUGAUAAUGAAUUUAUGUGUAAUAUAUCCUUACUCUGAUAUUGACACUUUUAUCGAAGGACUAAAAAUAUUUAAGAGUAAGUAAGGAUUCAAAUAUUGAUUAUGGGAUUUUCAGGAGGAAUAUAAACAACAUGGUGCUAAAUUAUAUUAAAAUGUUAUGGGGCGAUACUGUACAGUAUAUAUUUUAUAUACAUAAUAUAUUGAUGCAUUUCUACACAAAGUACCUAGUACAGUAUCUAUUUAUAUUACAUAUCGUUUUUAUACUUUUUUAUGUCAAAAUACGAGUAAAUGCAUUAUUAUAGUAGUCCAUUGAAAUGUUACAUUUUUUAGGCCUUACCUUGCGUUUUUUAGAGGACGCAAUUUUAU